AUGCUUACUUUGCCAUCAGAGGGUCUUGGGCUAGUGCCACAUCGGUGCUCUCGACCUCAUCAAUUAUCUUUUUUAGCCCAGAACGAAGCAUCAUACCUCAAGGUACCAAAUGCUCCCGUCAAGGGUCCACCAGGCCGAAUCAUCACACCACCUCUUUCGCUCUCUCCCUCUGUGACUCUUAAAGGAAAACUCCAUAGAGGAGGGAGGAGGAAAACACAUCACUGCCCCUCUCCUCCCCCUCAUCUCUUCUCGUCUUUUCCUUUUAGAUUGAAGUUCCCCAUCACCCAUUUUAGUAUAUGUUCUCAAUCAAAUCCUACUCUCAAAACCCGCUCCUUGACGUCGCUCAUGUUCUCUAAAUUUGAUUCUACAUCGUCUUUGACGAAGAUAGAUCGUUGGAAAUCAUAUUUUCUCCAGAUCUGUUAUGGAUGCAGUGAUGGGUGUGGCCACGAUGGCGCUUCAUCAGGUGGUGGUGGUGGUAGGGUUCGUCUAGGCUCAUGA